GUUUCUCGCAGGGGAGAGAAUUUAUGCAGUGAACAUCAGAGGGGAUACCCGAGUCCCGACCGUCCCGACCGAGCCGGAGCCGUCAUGAUUUAGAAACUGUGAUAUUCAUUUAAACUCGCUGAAGGAGCAGCUGUGACGUCACAUCUGCGCCGUGUUAUCGACGCUUCAUGAGAGGAAGCCACCAGGUAGGAUGGAGAAGCAAAGUGAAAGCUAUAUUGUCUAGAUCCAUCCUCUUCCUGUGCCCGUGUUCCCAAGGGUCCAGUGCAGCCAUGCCCGUCUCCCUGCUAUGGGCGGUGGACGUGUACGGGCGGGUCUACAGCCUCUCCACGGCAGGGCAGCAGUGGGAGCAGUGUCGAGAUGCUCAGAUGGAGUUCAAGCGGGUGACGGCAGCUCAACAGUGCUGCUGGGGCAUCGCCUGUGACAACAACAUCUACCUGAACGUCCACGCUUCUGACCUGCCCGUCCGCUACCAGGAGGAGACCUACGAGAACCAGCGAUGGAACCCUGUUGAUGGCUUCUCGGACCGAUUGUUGCCAAGCGAUCGCUGGCAGUGGAGUGACGUCACAGGUUUGCAACAUCAGCCUCUGGACAGUUUCACACUCCCCUCCAGCAGCUGGGAGUGGGAGGGCGACUGGCACAUGGAUGAAAACUUCGAGGGGGAGCCCACAGAGAAAGAGGGUUGGAACUAUUCCAUCGACUUUCCCGCCACCUACACCAAAGACAAAAAGUGGAACUCCUGCGUUCGUCGGAGGCGAUGGCUUCGCUACAGGAGGUACAAAGCCAUGGACACCUGGGCUAAGAUCCCCAAACAGCAGACGUCUCUACCAGAUCCCUUCAGCGACAUCAGCUGUGGAGGCUGGGAGAUCAGCGAGGAGCCCAGAGCGCGGCUGUCACUGUGGGCUGUGUCCCUGCAGGGCAAGGUGUGGUUCAGAGAAGGGAUCUGUCAUCACAAUCCUGAGGGAUCUUCAUGGGAGGAGGUGCCUCUCCCUGGCGAGGUGGUCCAGAUCAGCUGUGGCCCGGGGGAUCUGGUCUGGGCGGUGCUGUGGGAGGGCAUCAUAGUCAGGGAGGGCAUCGGAAGAGACUGCCCCAAAGGUACCUCCUGGGCUGUGGUGGACUCUCCUAGUCCAGAUGUUGGAGCCAUUCAUGCUGCUGUGGGAGUCAAUGUUGUUUGGGCUUUAACCAAGGACAAUAAAGUGUGGUUCAGACGAGGCGUGAACUCCCACAACCCCUGUGGCUCCGGCUGGAUCAGCAUGAUAGGAGAAAUGAUCAUGAUCAACGUCGGACUCAAUGACCAGGUGUUGGCUAUCAGCUGUGAGGAUCGGGCGGUGUGCUUCCGACAAGGUGUGACCUCUAGCGAACUGAGCGGAAAAACCUGGAGGGUCAUAAACGUCCCCCGAGACGGAGACAGAUCUCACUCCAGUGCGAGCGCAAGCAGCCUGCAGAGUGCUGGAUGCUACUUCUGUGGUGAGGUCCAGGUUCAGACGGUAUCGAGCGAUGUGGAAUCAGACACAGACAAAGCAUCUACAGAUGGAGCCAACUGCCUCGCCACCUCCACUUCCCCCGAGUCCUUUGUGGACGCACCCUCAGACCAACUUUCAGAAACCCCCAAACCGCUCAUCCCCAAAGUCACCAGUGACAGUUUCAUCUCUGAACUGGUCUCCGACAGAGAAACAGGAAAGAUCUCCAGAGAGGUCUGCGGCUCUGCGGCUCCAGCUGUUCUGGAGGAGGGAACUGUCACUGAGGACAGAGAGGUCAGAGCCCCCUCUGGUGCUUUAGCUGUUUCCUUAAGCCAGUCCGGAGCUCCUCUGGACCCUCAGUGGAGUAAUGUGGACCUGGAGGAGGCGCAGGGACAGCAGGCUCAGACUGGAGCGGCACUGGACUCAGCUGACACCUGCAGCUUGUCAUCAGUGGCCACAUACACCCUGGCCAUGGAGGACCCGUACGGGGCGGAUGAGCACCCUCUGUGGGCGUGGGUCAGCGGAGGAGGCUGCUCUGUGGACAGUCACUCUCAACUCAACUGGUUCAACAGCUCCAUGAACGCUUCCUUAUUGGUCCAGUCAGUCCAGUCCAUGAGUCUGUCCAUCACCCCGGCACAGACGGCAGCCUGGAAGAGACAAAUCUUUGAGCAACUCAAUGAGAGGACCAAAAGAGAGCUGGAUAACUUCCGACAUUAUGAACAAGCCAUAGAACAGUCAGUGUGGAUGAAGAAGGGAACCAUGCAGUGGUGGAGAGACUGGAAGCCACACAAGUGGAUGGAUGUUCAUUUUGCCCUGGAGCAGUUCUCAGGACCAGAGGGCAACAAGGACGGCAUCCUUUUCAUCUAUUACAACUUCUAUGAGGAGAAGAAGUACCUGCAUGCCUUCAUCAACGAGGUCACCAUUCUGGUUCCUGUACUAAAUGACUACAAACACACUUUUGCCAUCUACACCCCUGAGCGGACCAAACAGAGGUGGCCAAUCAGAGUGUCUGCAGCUACAGAGCUGGAGAUGCACGACUGGCUGGCGUUGCUGAGUGUGUCAUGCUGUGACUCCAGGGGGAUCCAGGGCCCCCCCUCCAAACAGGCCAUCUGGUCUAUCACCUGUAAAGGGGACAUCUUUGUCAGUGAGCCCUCUCCUGCCCUGGAGGAGAUGCCUUACCCCACACCCUGCGAUCAGAUGUUCUGGCGGCAGGUGGGAGGUCACCUCCGCAUGAUCGAGUGUAACAGCGUUGGCAUCGUGUGGGGGAUCGGCUAUGACCACACAGCCUGGAUCUACACCGGGGGCUAUGGGGGAGGCUUCUUCCAGGGACUGGCCAGCAGCACGGAUAACAUUUACACACAAGUGGAUGUGAAGAGCGUCUACAUCUAUGAGAACCACAGGUGGAACCCUGUCACCGGCUACACCAACAGAGGGCUACCAACAGACCGCUACAUGUGGAGCGAUGCAUCAGGACUACACGAGUGCACAAAAACAAAUACAAAGCCUCCCUCUCCUCAGUGGACGUGGGUGUCUGACUGGGCCGUCGACUACAGUGUCUCUGGAGGGACAGACAGAGAGGGCUGGCAAUAUGCUGCAGAUUUUCCAGCGUCAUAUCACGGCUAUAAAACGAUGAAGGACUUUGUGCGUCGCAGGCGAUGGGCCAGAAAGUGCAAACUGGACCACGGACCCUGGCAAGAAAUCCCCCCCAUACCCCUGAGUGAUGUUAGCAUCCUGCCGUGUGCAGCUCAGAGCAGUGUGGACGUGGUUCCUCUGUGGGCGAUCAGUAACAAGGGAGACGUCCUCUGCAGACUGGGAGUCACCGCUCUGACACCCGCUGGAUCCUCAUGGCUCCAUGUGGGGACUGACCAGCCUUUCAAGUCCGUCUCGAUAGGGGCAGCCAGCCAUGUUUGGGCCAUCGCCAGAGACGGUUCUGCCUUCUACAGAGGAUCAGUCUCUUCACAAGACCCGGCAGGAGACUGCUGGUACCACAUCCCCUCCCCAUCCAAACAGAAGCUGAAGCAGGUGUCUGUCGGGAGGACUUCUGUGUACACCGUCGAUGAAAACAGUAACCUGUGGUACCGGCAGGGUGUAACCCCCAGCUACCCUCAGGGCUCUGCCUGGGAACACAUCUCUAAUAAUGUGCGUAAGGUCUCUAUAGGCCCUCUGGACCAGGUGUGGAUCAUAGCAGACAAAGUUCAGGGCAGCCGCAGUCUGAGCUGUGGAACAGUUUGUCAUCGACUCGGAGUCCAGCCGAAGGAGCCUAAAGGACAGUCGUGGGACUACGGCAUCGGGGGUGGAUGGGACCACGUCACAGUGAGAGGGAACUCCAUGGAGCCCCCCCGUCUUCCCUCUCUAACAGAACUGUCAGCCCAAAUGUAGAGCCCCCCCCCCCUCCUUCUCAGGAACACAGAGGUCAACUGCAAUGCUUUUAGAUGCUAAACACUUACACAUAAGUGCACACCUACUGUUUCUACUAAACCUAAAACCACUUUACCUUUGAGGAAUGUCUUUAGUUUGAAGUGUUUACACACUGAGGUGGCAGCACACUGCACUCAGUGUGUCAGAAAAUGUGACUUAAAUGAAUGAACACUCAGAACAAUCUUAAAUGCUGCGCUCACACUGCCUCCUUCUUUCCUCGAACAAGCCACUAGUCUUUAACCUCAAUGUAUUUCAUUUCACCAACCACUCAUCCCCUCAGUACGGGCAUUGUUUUACCAUCUCUGUUUGUCUUGACUCACAGGCAUGAACAUGGUGGUCUUACUGCAUUUAUAUGUUGCUUCCUGUGUUUAGAUCAUCACAUGAAAGGUGAAGAAGAAUGCUUUUUAUGUUAUUUUUAAAGAGAAAAUAAUUCAGUGCUGCUGAGCUGUCAGCUCCUGGACGGCUGCUGUGAUCAAAGUGAAAAUAAUGUUUGACCUUAGCCUGCAGGCAACAGGCUAACAAAUGUACCAAUCAAGUGAUAACAACAGGAUCAACAACAAAAGUGAAGACAGGAUGGAGCAGGCAGUCUUCACCGGCUUCUUUUUAUUGUUUUUUUUUUUGUAUUAUUAAGCUUUCUGAACCGUCUUACUGAAGCCUAAAUCAGCUCAUUUUUUCCAGACAAUGCCAUUUCCCCCACUAACAUCUAUGAAUGCAGACAUUUUUUCAUCAUUGUGACAUUACAGCAGCAGCAGUAGCUUGUUGUCACGUGUUCAGAACCUGAACUUGUGUAACUUGUCUAAUUUAUUGUAAUGUGGUGAAAAACUGUGUGAAGCUGAGUUUGACAGGGCGAGAGGCGACCUGGCUAGAAGGUAGAUAACCCAAAACCCAUUGAAGCCUUUUCUGUUAUAAUGGUACAACUGAGACUAAAGCUUAUUUUUUAGGAAGAUUUCCCACCACCUUCCAUUCAAUUGGAUGUGUCUUCAUUCAAUGCCAGGAUGUAGCACCCGUUAAAACACCUGCCCUGGUUUCAUGUACCUAUGGUGGUCGCUGCUAGCUUUGUACCAUCAACUGAGUGAUGUUUUUAAAGAUACUAAUGUUUCCUAGGAGUAUGUGCAAUCACAAGUGAAUUGAUAAAGAAAAGUAUGAAUUCUAUUGUAGAAGUCUUGUGGUCAAGAAGCUUAAACUGAAACCUUCCUCUUUUCUCAGGAGCAUUUGCAUGCUGCCAACUUCCUUUGUACUGAUGGCAAUUAUAUGUACAAGCAAGCCGAAAGAAGACAUUCAAAAUGCUUUAUUUGUAAAAUACCUGUAAAUCUGUAAAAUAUGAGUAUUACACAGUCAUUCAAGUGGUGAUAUAAUAAAGUGUGGUAGUGUUUGUACAUUUGACAAAAGAGAAAUUUGGUGAAAAUGCAGCUUUCUGUUUAAAAAAAAAAUAUUGAUAAAGCGACCACACUGAUGAUGUUUUAUCAGCUCUGGCAUUAUUUUAUGUUAACAGCUGUCUCACAUCCUAAUGUUAUGUUCAAUCUGAAGCAGCUUUGAAAUGCUGAAAGUGUACAGAGAGCAGUCUGUAGUAUCUGUCAAUAACAUCUCUUUAUGUGUUACUGUAACACCACCGUUCUUUCAUCGUGGAAAACAUUUCUCGUGUGUCAUGCAUGACCAAAAUAAUAGUCCCUGUCAAUAAAUAAAUGUGUUUAUUGAUGACA